GCAUUGUCGACCAUCUGCGUAAUGUCAAAUCACAAUACAUCAUUGGCUCCGCUGUCUACUUCCGUAUGUACAGUAUUCAGCAAUACAGUUGUCACGAUCAUACAUGGCGCCGCGAUCAUACUACGAUGACCAGGGUCGCGCUCUGCCUUUCGACCAGGUGAUGCAGUUGGAGAAGAUCGAUGACGGAACGUUUCGAUCUGUGACUAAAGCAUACUCACCCACUGGUGGUGAGAAUGGGACUUAUGGCGGGCAUGUUUAUGCGCAAGCAGUGUGGGCUGCUGCGCAGACAGUCGAGGAUGGAUUUCUGAUACAUAAUGUUACCGGCUGGUUUACAUUAGGAGGUCACCCAUCGGAGCACUUUGUCUACACAGUGAACAAGGUUCGCGAUGGGUACAACUACUGCACCAGGAGCGUGACUGUAACCCAGGCAGCCGAGAAAGGAAUAAUGUUUACAUGUACAUGCUCCUUCAAGCGGGAGGAAACAUCGCCCGUCGAUUACCAAGCCAUCUGCGAUAUCAGGGAACGAUUCCGGGAGGUCUUGGAAGGGAAGGAGGACGAGCCAAUGGGACACGAAGCCGCGCCCAGUCAAGAUUCGGCCUUCUUCCGAGAAACAUACCUGCCGCAACACCCAGAUCACUUCAAUCCUAUUGCUGGGCUACAUCUGAGGAAAGUAGACAUGCGGAAGUAUAACGAGCCACGUGCGCCAAUUGACCGAAGACAACUCACUUUUUAUACACUCAGAGGCUCUCUUCCGUUACCAACAGCGCCGUAUCCACCAUCACUGCAAGGGGCUUUCAGACUUGCAAGAGAAGCAAACUUACAUGCCUGUGCGCAUCUAUAUGCGUCGGACCGCAAUUCGUUGUUCAUAAUUCCGAACCAUCUCGGCCGCGCACGAGAGUUUACCAGGAUGGCGUCACUUUCACACACAGUGAUCUUCCAUGUCGGAAUCCGCGAUCUUAUCAUGCCGCCCGAGCCACGCAUUCCUCACCCGAAUGCUGUUCCGACAUUGUUCGAAGAUGGGCCCUUGCCACUGUGCAAUCUGGAGGGAAACAGCGGCGGUGAUAGAGAUGGGCGCAAGUGGUUUGUUCAAGAGUCGUGGCUGACUCGGGCCGCUGGUGGGCGCGGUCUGCAUACUAGUCGUUUGUGGGACUACGAAAGUGGAACGCACCUUGCAACAACGAUCCAGGAUGGACUGAUACGGUUCAAGCCCGAGACUAAGCUUUGAUCAGGCUGCGAGGCGGUGAAGCAGUCCGAGACAGAUUCGCAAGGGAGGAUGCAUGCUCGACAACACUGAUUUACACUCAAGCUCGAUGGACGCUUCGGCGGAAAUCAUGUAGUAGAAUUGAAAGAAGAAGCUCUAUGAAUAGCUCUAUCUGCAACUUUCUUUG